AUGGUAUCUGAAUCAGUUUGUGAAAGAUUAUUAAGAGGAAUAGCAAGUUUAUUUGCAAUUGCAUGUACUAUCAUUGUUGAAACUAUUAGACUUGCAUGGUUUGUUUUUGUAGGAAUAUGUGUCAUUUCCCCUAUCUUUUGUGUUUUUGCUUAUUUUUUACCAUGGAUUAAAAUUAAUUUAGAUGUAGCAGUUUUUAAUCCAUCAAAUUAUACAAUGCCAAUUGGAAAUCAAACCUAUGAAGUUGAUUACUAUUUAAAUUAUUAUAGUGUCUAUUUUGGUCAAAGUCAAAAUGAUUGCGAUUAUGGUCAAAACAACACAAAGAUUAUUGUAAACAAUAAUAGUAAUGGUAGUGAUGACUCUAUUCAAUGUUCAUUUGUAAAUGAAUUGGGUCAAAAUUCAAUCUUUAUGACUAGACAAGAUGCUGAAGAAACUUCAAAGACAAUGUGUAGAUUACUGAUCUCACAAUUUGUCUUGUCGUUUGUACUGAUGCUAUUGUUGUGUCAAAAGUUUACAUUGAAUCGUGCUCCAUGUUGUAUGCUUUUGGUUUAUCUCGGUCUUGUCUCUACCGAGGUGACACUAUUAGUAUACUUUCGUCGUGCCUUUAUCCCAUCACUUGGCAUCAACCAUCAAAUCCUCGCUUUACCCGAUAAAGUCGACUUUGUCUAUACCAAAGGCUUCUAUUUCGCUCUUGUAUCAUGUCUAAGAGAAAUCAUCACUCUUUGUGUUAUCUUUGUUGAUCCAGCAUCUUCACAACGUAAUAAAGGUGGUUAUGCUCCUAUUGAAGUACAGCUGUUAAAAUCGGUCAGUCAUCACUUCCUCAUAGUAAUUCUAUCUCUCAAUAAUAUACAACGGUCAGUCAUCUACAAUGUAGAGCUCUAUAAAAGAGAGCCUUCAGAGGCUCUAGAAAUCAUUCUUCAACAAGUUAGUACCUCCUCUCUUCCAGUCCUAGUCUUAGUCCUCUCGAGCCUGCCUAGUCUUAAUCCCUUUAGUCCUAUAGUCCUCUGCCUACCUGCCCUCGCUAUCAACCCUUUUUGUUUAAUCACAGUGAUGAUUGGAGUAUAUCUGCUAGUACUCAAUUACACUACUACCCUCCACAAUAAUAAUAAUACUGCUUGGUGUUUUGGACAUAAAUCCUAUAAACCAAUUACAGAGAACUUUCCAUUCCUGAUAUUUUUCUUCACUUGCUACUUUGCUCUUAUUCAUUCCAUUAUGCCUACCAUUGCCAAAAAAUCAAUCAAAAAAUCAACUUCUUCCAACUCCAACAACAACAAUCAAACUUCCAUGGAAAAAGUAGCCAACAACAGCAACAACACUGACACCAACAAUAUGAGUGGCAGUAGCAGUAGCAGUAGCAGUAGUUCUGGUAGAAUCGAUGGUGGAGAAAUCUCAAAGAUUGUAAAUAGAAUCACCAAGAAAUUAAAUCAUAUAAUAUCCUCUUCAGAAUCUAGAAAAUCUACUCCACCAUCAUCACCAUCAUCAACAACAAACCAACAACUUGAAAAUUCAACCAACAACAACAACAAUAAUAGUACCAAUUUAUCAUUUAAUAAUUUAAAGAAAUUUUUAAAUUCUUCAUCAUUAUCAUCGAUUAAACCAUAUAAACAAACCAACAGCAGUAACAACAACAACAACAACAAUAGUAGUGAAUCCAUUCUUUUAAAUUUACAACAACAACAAUUAAAACAAACCGAUUCCAACAAUAUAACUACACACUCUUCUUCCGAAACAACAGAUUAUUUUCCAUUUUUAAAUUUACCAGAAGAAUUAAUAAUAGAGGUAUCAACCUUUUUAGAUUUGAAAUCAUUGGCCAAUCUAUCAACUGUAUCUAAAGAUAUAGCCAGAUUGGUAUUCAACGAUGUAUUGUUUUGGCGUCAAAAGGUACAGGAGAUUUGGACAAGUGCUGCUCCAUCUACAUCCAUGUUGCACCAACUUGGCGUUGGCAGUAAAUUUGAAUGGUACCAAUACUACAAGAUGCGUCAUCUCAUGUCGCAGUCGGGUGCCGUCCACUCGACAUUGGUGCGCGUCAAGGGUACCACCCCGUCGGCUCGCUACCAACACACUGGCGCCGUCGUCGGCAACAACAUCUACUAUAUCGGUGGCCAAGAGACACAGGUGCGCCGAUUCAACGAUAUUUUCAAAUUCAACACCGACACGCAACGAUUCUCCAAGGUGGAGAUCCAAGGGCCGACCGCUCCACCUCGAUUUGCUCGUCACACAUCCGUCGCCAUUGGCACCAAGGUCUAUGUGUUUGGUGGGUUUGACGGCUCGGGUAUCUACUUUGAUCUCUCGAUAUUCGACACUGAGGACAAUAGAUGGCACACUGCCUGUGUCGGCGGCAAACCACCUCGUUCGCGUACCAACCACGCCGCUGCAGCCAUCGGCCACAAGCUAUACAUUCACGGCGGUAUCAACCGUGACACGCAUUGGGCACUCCAAGAUCUCGACGAGUUCUAUGUCUACAGCACUAUCACUGGCUAUUGGAGCGAGGUAAAGUGUACCGGCGACAAACCAACUGCUCGUUGCGGUCAUCGUAUGGUUGCCAUUGGCAACAAACUCUACAUGUUUGGUGGCGGUGCAGGUGACAGUUGGCGUGAACGUUACAAUGACAUUCACAUUUUCGACACUGAAACCAACGCUUGGAGAAGGGUCCCACCCAACCCAAUCGUUCGUGUCUGUACCUUUUCAAGUGUGUUUGUCUUUGGUAAUCUCAUCGGUGUCUAUGGUGGUCAACAUCUCAUCAAAGGAAAAGUCACUAAAAAGAUUUAUUUCUUUGAUACCAUCUCUGAAACUUGGAUUAAACAAUCUUUUAAACCAAAUAGUAUAAAUAAUCAAAAUAACAGUAAUAACAGUAAUAAUAAUACAUCAACAUUAUCAGCAUCAAGUUUAUUUAGUAGUAAUCACAAUAAUCAUCAUCAUAUUGGAAAUAUGGAAAAUAGAAAUAGUGGUCCAAACACUAAUAGUCUCAUCAAUCCAAGAGAUAUGGCAUCUGCCGAUGUAGUAGGUGACAAAGUCUAUCUAUUUGGUGGAUAUGAUGGUAAAGCUAUGGAUGAUUUAAAUAUUAUUACUCUUUCUAGUGAAAUUAAAAACCUUCAAUACUUUAAAAGGAGAGUGUUUUAG